AUGCAGGGCGGCCCGGUUGAUCUGUCCGGCCCAGGCCCAGGUUCAGGUUUGAAUACCGCCGGCGCGGGGAACGGUAACAGCAGCAGCAACGGCGGCGGCCCGCCGGCCUCGGCGCGCUCGAGGCCUUGUGAUACUUGUCGUGUCCGCAAGACGCGGUGCGUCAAGGAGGAGGGUCAGUUCCGAUGUGUCUUGUGCACCUUUCACAACCAACCUUGUACCUUUCUGAGAGGCCCGACUCCUCGUCAGCGACGCCAGAAUCGGGAGCGUGAACGGGAAAGACAGGCUGCCCGCCAGGGCGAUGCUGCUGCUUCUACCCCGGCGAGUGUAGAGAGCACAUCCGGGCCUACCACAGGACAGACGCAGCAAAUGGCACGCGUCGAGGAAAAGGCCCCUGAAGCUCCUCGUCCUCCCAUCCUCAGCAACACCCUUGGCCUGGACUUGAAGACUCACGCUGAAUAUAUUGGACCUACCGACUAUCGCGACCCAGUCUUGCUGGACCUACAUCGCCCAAACCUCAUGAACCAGGAUCCUCCACCUCUUCCGGCGUCGUCGUCGUUUGCUAGACGCCUCGACUACAAGACGAUAUUCCUUGUGCAUCCUGAUGAAUCCGCCGCGUCUGAACAGACUCGGAUUGCCGACUUGGAUGCCGUCGAGGCUACUGUUCACCCUCUUGGUCGGACGCUGGUUGACCUCUACUUUCGUAUCGUCCAUCCCAGCUUUCCCAUCCUACAUAAGGAUGUCUUUAUCAGCAAACAUCGACUGUCCCAUCGACACUUUGCGCCCUCUUUACUGGCUGCCGUCUAUCUCGUGGCUCUAGACUGGCAGCUAUAUGACAGCUCCCUUGCUGGCCGUGAGAUCGAAUCUAUCCCGGAUCCUGCAGCCCUUGAGCAGUUGGCUGAGCGCACCAUUGCUCAAGAUAUGCGCAGACCCAAGCUCAGUACGCUUGAAGCUGGACUUUUGCUGCUCCAACGCAACCGUCGUAUUGUCGAGUCUGGCUCUCACACCCACCCAAUGUCGAACCGCAUGUUUACGGCACAGCUGGUUGCCAUGGCACAGGAUCUAGGCAUUCAUAUCGACUGCAGUGCUUGGGCCAUUCCUGCGUGGGAGGUUGGACUUAGACGGAGAUUGGCCUGGGCUCUGUACAUGCAAGACCGCUGGGGAGCGUGUAUUCAUGGACGACCCUUUCUCAUUCAGGACAGUGACUGGGACGUUCGUCUCUGCACUGUAUCUGAUUACCCCGAGCUGGGCGCGAUAGACCCAGAGGCCAACCGGGACCAUACUUCACCAAUUAUUGUCGGUUGGGACUUGUUUAUGCGUCAUAUCGAGCUGACGCAGAUCCUAAGCGACGUGAUCCGGACAUUCUACAGCGCCGCGGCUACUCGCACGGGAGGAACUCUGGAUCAGAUGGGGGUUGUCGCCGCUGUUGAGCGGGCAAAGCCUCUGGUCUUUCGUCUUCGCGAAUGGCAUGGGAACCUCCCUCAUCGGCUUCAACUUCAAAGCACAAAGCUUAGGGAGCUUUGUGCCAACGGUGCUCUUCACUUGGCGCAUGCUGCUGUCGAGAUUGCGUUACACCGUGCUCUUGUUCGGAUCAUGACCCCCGACACACCUGGAUCGCUCUAUGAAGUUUUGAGAUCAACUGCCCGGGCGAAGCUACAGUCGGCAAUUGAGUUACUUGGAUCUCUUCGGCCAGAGCAUACGGCAGCGUUCUGGGGCAGCGCCGCGGCCUAUCAAGCAGCUGAGAUUGGAUCCAUGGCAGGACUCUUGUGGGCGACGGCAGACUCAUUCGAUGAGAUGGCCUGGUGCGCAGCUCGAGUCGAAGAGUUAAGAUGGGCUUUGAGAGUCCGCGGUGCCGCUGCCCCCUUUGCUCGAGAGGCGUUGCGGUUGCUGGAGCGCGAUAUCGGUGGCCUUGGCAUGGUCAAGGCUAAUCCAGAUGGCAUCCCCUGA